AUGAUGAGGCAGAAGAUGACACUUUCCGCCUCCCAGCAUGGAGUUCAUGUGGAUCUUAUUGCCAAGACUAAAGGUUUAGCAGCUGCUGAAAACUACUUCAACAACUUGGACCCCUGUGCCAAGAAUCAUUCCACUUACCGGAAGCUCCUGAAAUGGUACUGUCGUGGGCUCGAGGAAGACAAGGCAAAUGCUUUUUUCCGUAGAAUGGAUCGUCUCAACCUUCUCAUCAGUUGUUCACCCUUUAACGAUAUGAUGACUUUGUACAUGGGUUUGGGUCAACCGGAGAAGGUAGUUGAGAUCGUUGAUGACAUGAGAGAUAGGUGUAUCGGUUUCAAUUAUGUCAGUUAUGGUAUCUGGUGGAGGAGUUCUGAAGGAACUGCAGUGGACGAUCUCGACAUGCCCGACUUGCCCUACGAUGAUGAGCGCUCAUGUAAGUCUUUUCGUAGAACGCUUUCACGGAUAAAUGAACGUGGCAUUGUAGUAGCAUACUUAUAA